AUGGAAAACUACACCGAAUUUGAAAAUGAUAACUGUGCUGUUGAUUUCGAUGACUUUUUUCAAUUCGAAGACGAAGAGAACUUACAGGACUCGAGUUCAAUCACUCAAGUGUGUGUUGACCACGAUCCAGACGAUGACGACCAGGAGGACGGGGUAGUGAACGUCAAGGAGGAGGAAUUAGCCGCUCGACGUGCCGGAGAUGGAUAUUUUGUGACGAAUUCGGGAAAACGGCUGAAAUUAGAAAAUGCUGACGACGGUGAGAAUGAUACGAGUGAUGGCUAUAUUCAUCAUACAAUAUCGGAAGAUGAAAUUCUGAUGCGGAUAAACCCUGGUAGUAGUCGUAUGCCUUUGAAUCCCUCACAUGCAACUCUGACUGUGGAAAGCCAAAAUCCCAAGACAAAACUCAAGGAGGUGACAAGAUUCAGGUGCCACUACACUGGUUGUGCCAGAACUUACAGUACACCGGGAAACCUGAAAACCCAUGAGAAAACACAUCGAGGAGAACUUACAUUUAUAUGUAGCGAGUCUGGCUGCGGGAAGCGAUUCCUCACAUCAUACUCACUGAAGAUCCAUGUUCGAGUCCACACCAACGAGAAGCCUUAUAACUGUGAUAAACCUGGCUGUGAAAAGUCUUUCAAUACAAUUUACAG